AUGUUCGGCCGUGGUGUCAUUAAUGAGCCGAAUGCCACAGGAACAAAAUCCACAGAUCACAGACACACCAAAUCUCCCCUCCAUUUUUUUCCCAUUCCAGAUGAAAGGUUCCAGCAUAUCAACAUCGACAUAGUGGGACCCCUGCCCAUAGACAACGGCUACUCCUACAUCCUAAAGAUAAUAGAUGGCCCGAGUGCCAAGUUUGAGUCUGAACUCUGGCACCAACUGAUGGUCUUUCUUGGAUCCAAGAUAAUCAGGACAACCCCUUACCAUCCCUGCGCCAAUGGCAUGGUUGAACGUUUCCACUGCUACAUGAAGCAGGCCCUGAUAUUUUCCUCCCCCAAUAAAAGAUGGGUCAACCAGCUUCCCCUUGUCCUCCUCAACAGCCAGGAAGACCUGCAUUGCACCACUGCAGAAAUGGUCUACAGAACCACGCUCGCCCUUCCUGCAGAUUUUCUCAAGGCCAGUAACUACGAACUAGGGACUUUCAGCAAGCAACUCUUGGAACGGAUGACGGGUACGCAGCAACAAGACACCUAA